UUGGCCGUGGUCCAGUUGAAAGUGCAGGUGGAAGAGAGAGGAAAAAAAUUAGUGAUUUGGAGACAGACAAGAGGGAGCUGGUUGGUGUCUUUGGUAAAACUGGGGCUGGAAAGAGUUCUCUGAUAAAUGCCAUCAUUGAAGAGAAGAACCUUUUGCCUUCUGGAAGUGUCAGUGCAUGCACCUCAGUCAUGAUCAAAGUGGAGGCUAACAUGCAAGGCUCUAACUAUGAGGCAGACAUUGAGUUCAUCACACCAGAGGAGUGGAAAGAUGAGUUGUGGUCAUCUCAUCAGUUUCUUGGGGAUAAUGAAGACUGUGAAAUGGAUGUUGAUAAUGACUAUCAUGACAUCAGUGAAAAGUUUUCAGCGCUCUAUGGAGAAGAAUGGAAAGGAAAGUCUUUUGAAGAUCUUAUGGAUGGAAAAUAUUUCAGAGAAAUUCCAGAAUUUCCCCAAAGCAGGAGGAAGAUUUUGACAUGUGAAUCAGCUGAUGAACUCUCUGCAGAAUGUGUCAAAUACACAAGAAGUGAUUCAAAGCAAGGAGAAGGUAAUGAAGGAAAAAAGUGGUUUUGGCCACUAGUGAAGUGUGUGACUGUCAGGGUGCCAAACAAUCCUUUUCUCCAACAUGUCACACUUGUGGACCUUCCUGGAAAUGGCGACCGUAACAAGAGCAGAGAUCAGAUGUGGAAAGGGAUAGUUGGAGAUUGUUCUACUGUGUGGAUUGUGACUGAAAUUAAUCGAGCAGCAUCAGAGAAAGAGGCCUGGGAGAUCCUGGAAAGUGUCAGUAGUCUGAUUGGAAAUAGUGGCGAAUGUCAGCAAAUUCAUUUUAUUUGCACCAAGUCUGAUCUUCUUGAUGACUCAGAUGAUCUUUCAUCAGCUGAGUUCCAUGAUCUACUAACUGAAAGAAAUGUGCAAGCCAAGGAUGCAAUAAAGAAAGAAUUCAACAAGCAAAGCAAGAUUAAGAAACACUUCACUGAUGACACUUUCAAAGUGUUCACAGUGAGCUCCAAAGAGUUCCUAAAAGAAAACUACUUAAGUCCAGAAGAUACUGAAAUAACCAAACUUCAGAGAUUUUUGCAAGAUCUCAAUGACUGUCACUCAGAGACAGUAAACUAUGUGAAGGGAGCUCACGGGAUUCUGUCUUUGAUUCAAGGCGCCAACUCCAGAGGAGUGGAUAGUAAAAAAGGCGAGGUGUGUGAAGAACUUGAGAUAAACAUGAGCCUCCAACUUGAUAAUGUCAGAAAAGAAAUGGAAGACACCUAUACAGCUUUUAAAAAAUGUCUUUAUGAUGGUGUUGAGAAAUCCAAAUGUUCAUAUGGAGAAAAACUCAAGAACUUCUUGUAUGAUGGAAAGAAUGGUGGUGCUUUUUACAAUUUACUGAAGUGUGUUGUUGAGAAUGGUGGCAUCUACAAACCAAAAAAAGGGAAACCAAUAAACCUUAAUAUGAAGUUGGCUUCCUGUCUGAUUGACAGCAUUGGUGCAGAAUUCAGAAAGACCUUUCCAAAUGAAGUAACAUGUGGAGCAUUCAACGGAGUCAUCAAGACAUUUUCACUUGACACUGAUUCUCUGAUUGAAAAGUACAAAAAUGCUGAACUGCAGCUCAGAUUUCUCAAGACAGAGGAAGAAAAUAUUAAGGCAAGACUGAGCAGAAUCAUCCAGAAACAGAAGAAAAAUGUCUACAGCAGUCUGACAGAGACAAUUGAGAACAUUAUGGAACAAGGCUAUUGCGAGGCUUUAGCAUUUACAGGAGAAGACACACUGUACAACAUGAGGGAGACUAUUGAGAACCACGUGCACUCAAAGAAGGACAUGUUUGAGCAGGCAAAAAACACCAUGUUGGAGAAGUUGCACGAUUUGAUGGUAUACGUCUUGGAGACUCUGGAGAAGACUAUGAAGGAAUCUAUUGGACUUUCAUUCAAGGCUGAAGAGUGCUUACUCCCAGAUGUUUCAACAGAGCUUGAGAUGGUGAAGAAAUAUUAUGAUCAACUUGUAGGCACUCCAGAUAAUGAAAUAUCACUAACUCUGUAAAUCCUAAUGUUAUCAACUGAGUUAAAUUAAUGUUUUUAUUUAAAAAAAUGUCAAUGUUUUUUGUCUUUAAAAAUGUUAAAAUUUGUUUUAAGUACAUAUGCCGAUCAUCUUAGAGGCUGCAAUUAGUCCAUUUUAGGGAUUCGUGUAGUGUGAGGAUUGUUAAAAGCAAUAUUAAGACAAAAAAUGUAAAUAAUUUACAGUUUUUCUUAUUAAAUCAUUACAUGACAUUAUGGAGUUGUGUAAUGUUUAGAUUAUUUCUUGUAUUCUUCCUCUCAGUGCAUUUAGUCAUGUUGUCUUGUUGGUUUAGAGCUUAAUUUCUCCCUUGGUGUUCCUUAGUCCUGUGUUAAGAAAAAUUUAUUUCCUCUUUGGUUCUUGACUUUUUCUUUAAAGUUUUAGGAUCCAAACUUACUAAAAAAUCCUGCUCCAUAACAAAACAAACAUACAAAAACCCCAUUACAUUACAGUUUUUGGAAAUAUGAAAUCACUAUAAUAGUGUAGAAAUGUGUAUUUAAACAUCUUUACAUUGACAGAAAUUGGAGUUUCUAUGGUUUGACCCGUCUGUGAUAGAAGUGAGCUGAAUGUGGCCUACGAUGAAAAAUGCGUUUUACAUCCUGUGAGGCUUUAAGCCGUGUUAUCGUUUGGUGGGCCUGUUUUUAUUUCCUUUUUGUUCAGGCCAUCAUUAGUGGCUCCUCCCAUCCAUUAUGAGAAAAGGAGUUCACCUGUUUGGGAACCUAUGUAAGGUGAUAUACUUUUAAGAUGGCGGCCACCCUCCCCCUCCUCUAAGAAGGCUGGGGCUUUUCUGGCACCCAAUUUAGGUUGGGUUUGUUUUUUUCUUGCUGUUGUUUUUUUCGCUUUUGUGGCUUUUACUUUUUUUUCUAGUUUCAGUCACUUGUAGGUAGGUUAUAGGUAAGCACACAGUUGUUGUUGCUUUUUUUGCUUUACCUCUGUGCUUAAUAAAUGAAUAUGGUAAA